UUAUCAAAAUGGUCAUCAUCAUCAUCGUCACCGUUAUCGCCAUUAUUCAAUAAAAUUUUAUUAAAUUUAUUAAUUACAUUCAUAAUAAUAUUAUCAUUAUCAAUCGAUACAAGUCAAUCAUUACGUGUGCCAUAUCGUUAUCCACAUUAUCCAUUGUUUCAUAAAGAAUUUUUACAAGGAUCUUCAGGACCGGUACCAAACGAUGUAAUCGGUGUUGAAUUAUUUCAACGUGAUAAUGCAAAAGAACAUCAUACAUAUAAAUAUGAAUUAUUGGAAAAAAAUAACCCGGCAUUGGUUAUACGACGUGGUGAUCCAUUUUAUUUGGCCAUCCAACUACGUAAUGUUUAUGAUCAAGAUAAUAAUAAAAUUCGUUUGGAAUUUUUAUUUGGUAAUAAUCCACAAGUUGGCAAAGGUACAUUAAUAUAUUUGCCAAUAACACAGAAUAAAGAUUUUACAAAAGAUCCAAGUAAAUGGGAUGCACGUAUACGUAAUAUUGAUGGUAAUCGUUUAACGCUACAAGUACGUAUACCAGCUAAUACAGCUGUUGGUAUAUGGCGUUUAAGAAUAUCAACCAAACCACAAGGUUCAAGAAAUAUUAAAACAUUUGAAGUUCAUAAUAAAAUUUUUUUACUAUUCAAUCCAUGGAAUAAAGAUGACACUGUUUAUUUAGCUGAUGAAAUUCGUCGUCAAGAAUAUAUUCUAAAUGAUAUUGGUAAAAUUUAUAUUGGUUCACAUUCAAAACCAAAAGGUAGACAAUGGGUUUAUGGUCAGUUUGAAGAAUCUGUACUACCUGCUGCUGUAUUUUUAUUGGAUAAAUCACGUUUAGAUUAUUCGGCACGUUCAAAUCCGGCAAAAGUUGUACGUGCAGUUGCUGCAUUAGUCAAUAGUCAUGAUGAUAAUGGUCUUUUAGUUGGUAAUUGGUCCGGUAAUUAUCAUGAUGGUAAUGCACCAUGGCAAUGGACUGGUAGUGCACCAAUUUUUGAACAAUAUCUUCGUUCAAAUGGUGAACCAAUAAAAUUUGGUCAAUGUUGGGUAUUUGCUGGUUCAACAACAACAAUGUCUCGAACGUUAGGAAUACCGGCACGUACAAUUACGAAUUUUGUUUCAGCUCAUGAUACUGAUGAUAGUUUAACUGUGGAUAAAUUUUUUAGUAAAACUGGUGAACCUAUUUCCGAUGUUAAUUCUGAUUCGAUUUGGAAUUUUCAUGUUUGGACUGAUGUAUGGAUGUCAAGACCGGAUUUACCACCUGGUUAUGGUGGUUGGCAAGUAAUCGAUGCAACACCACAAGAAUCAAGUGAUGCUAGUGGACUUUAUCAAAUGGGACCAGCAUCAGUGGAAGCAAUAAAACGUGGUGAAGUUGGCCUACCAUAUGAUGUUGCAUUUGUUUUUGCUGAAGUUAAUUCGGAUGUUGUUCAUUGGCAAUUGGAUGAAUCAAGUGAACUUGGUUGGAAAAAAAUUAAAACAAAUCGAUAUCAUGUUGGUCGAAAAUUAUUUACAAAAAGAGCAGGUGUGGAAGCCGAAUAUAAUGGCAUCAAUGAUGCUGAAGACAUUACCGAUAUUUAUAAAUUCAAAGAAGGAACAGAAGAAGAACGAAUGGCUGUAUUGAAUGCGGCUAGAGGUGCUGGCCUAUCUUUCCUGUUUGAAAUCCCUGCUCCAGGUAAAGAAGAGGUCGAAUUUGAUUUGUUAGACAUCGAAAAAGUUGUUGUGGGCAAUCCUUUUUUCAUACAAGUUGAAAUGGCUAAUCGUGUUGGAAGUCAACGUACAAUUACAUUAUCAUUGAAUGCUAAUAGUUUUUUCCCGAACGGUAUAUUGGCCAAAAAGAUUAAAAAUGAACGACACAUUGUCCGAUUAAAACCAUAUCAAAAGGAAGUAUUAAGAGUUCGAGUAAAUCCAGAAGAAUAUCUUGAUAAUCUUGUUGAUUAUUCAUUGAUAAAAGUUUAUGCUGUUGCUACUGUAAAAGAAACACAACAAACAUGGUCAGAAGAAGAUGAUUUUUCUAUUGAUAAACCACAUAUGGAAUUAUAUACAAGAGGAUUUAUUGAAGUUGGUCGUGAAUUUACAUUAGAAAUUCGUUUAACAAAUCCAAUACGUCGUAUACUUGAAGAUUGUUGGUUUUCAGUCGAAGGACCUGGAUUAAAACGACAAAUGAGAAUUAAUUCUAGAAAUAUAAUGCCCGGUGAAACUAUUACAAAUACAAUUCGAUUAAUACCGGAUCGUCCUGGUUCAAGAAAUAUUAUCGUUAUAUUUCAUUCAAGACAAUUGGCUGAUGUUGUUGGUACUAAAAAUAUUCUUGUUCGUGGAUAGGAAAUUUUGCUUGUUCUGUUUUUCAACCCAAAAAACAAAUUAGAUUAUUCAAUUCAAUUCAAUUUCGUUCAU